CCAACUUGCAACAACUAGGUCUUCAAGAAAUAAAUACCAUGUCUUCCAACACAGCUCACCGCAUUGACGAAUCUGAAGCUCAAGAGGCUUUUAUGUCCUCCUGCAUUGAUCUCAUUAGCUCCGCUCUUGGUGGCCAAGUCAUCGAAUUUAGUGACCAAUGGUUUGCUGCUGCCGAGAACUUAAUCAACCCAGCUCCUCCGAUUGGCAGACCCGGCGUGUUUGUACCUACGGGUGCUUGGUACGACGGAUGGGAGACGAGAAGACACAACAAAGCCCCUGCCGAUUGGGUCAUCAUUAAACUUGGAGUUGCCAGUGGUAGAGUCCAUGGUUUCGAGGUCGACACAGCUUUUUUCAAAGGAAACUAUGCUCCGGCAGUCACCGUUGAGGGCACCUUCCUUGAUGGCAGCCACCCAGACACAAGCACGGUAUGGGAAGAAAUCCUCCCAAUGCAGGAAUGCGGCCCUUCUCAGAGACACAUCUGGAAGCUUAGCUCUCCCACUACCAAAGCUUAUUCCCAUGUCCGCCUCAAUAUGUUCCCGGACGGGGGAAUUGCCCGCUUCCGCUUGUUUGGAACUGCAGUCCCUGUCUUCCCCAGCGAUCCGGACGCGAUUAUUGACCUUGCUCACGUCUCCUCCGGUGGUCUCGCAAUCUCCUGCAGUGAACAAAAUUUUGGAACAAAAAAGGACAAUCUGUUGCUUCCCGGAAGAGGUAAGAACGCGGGAAAUGGUUGGGAGACAAAGCGCAGUCGUGAGCCGGGCCAUGUAGACUGGGUUGUUGUCAAACUCGGAGCUCCGGGAUACAUUGAAGAGGUUAUAGUUGAUACCCUCCACUUCCGUGGAAACUACCCCCAAGCUGUUGAAAUCUACGCUAUCAAUUCCCCCGAGCAACAUGUUGCCGGUGAUGCCAAUGGGUGGGAACUUAUCGUUCCUGCACAAGCUUGUGAGGCGGAUAAGGAACAUGCAUUCCCGUCUGCCUUCCUCCAGAACGUUAACGGAAAAGUUGUUACUCAUGUUAAAAUGGUCAUCAUUCCUGACGGAGGAGUGAAGCGCCUGAGAGUCUUUGGGAAGCGUGCUCGUAACUAA